AUGGCUGGCGGCGUCGUCAUUCAGGGCACUACCGAUGUCAAUCGCGUGGAGGCUCCUGUCACUGUCAAGGCCUACCUCAUCUGUGCCUUCGCCGCCUUUGGUGGCAUCUUUUUCGGAUAUGAUACUGGUUGGAUGUCGGGCGUCCUCGCCAUGCCCUUCUUUAUUACCGAAUAUACUGGUUACAAGUACGACUAUGCCACUGGUGCCCCCAUUGAUGUCGCCAAGGCGGACUUCAAGUUGAACCCGGCGACCCAAUCCCUUUUCACGUCCAUGCUCUCCUGCGGAACCUUCUUCGGUGCUCUUAUCGGCGGCGACAUCGCUGACUUCAUCGGCCGGCGCCCCACUAUCAUUGGUGGCUGUCUUCUGUUCUCAAUUGGUUGCAUCAUGCAGAUUUCCAGCACUGAUCAGGAGGUUCUGUUCGUCUUCGGCCGUUUGAUUGCUGGUGGAGGUGUCGGUUUCAUUUCCGCUGUCGUUAUUCUUUAUAUGUCCGAGAUCGCGCCCAAGAAGGUCCGUGGCGCUAUGGUUUCUGGUUACCAGUUCUGCAUUACCAUCGGUAUUCUUCUGGCAUCUUGCGUCGUCUAUGCGACGCAGAACCGCCCUGAUACUGGCUCAUACCGCAUUCCCAUCGGUGUCCAGUUCCUGUGGGCUCUCAUUCUCGCCAUCGGUCUCUUCAUCCUCCCCGAGUCUCCUCGAUAUUUUGUCAAGAAGGGCAAGGUCGAGCAAGCGCGCAAGGCUCUUGCUUAUGUUCGUGGCCAACCUGUUGAUUCGGACUUCGUUACCGACGAACUGGCUGAAAUUGUCGCCAACCACGAGUACGAGAUGACCGUGAUCCCUCAGAGUGGCUAUGUUGCUUCCUGGACAGCCUGCUUUAAGGGUGGUCUCGCCAAGGGGAACAGCCCUCUCCGACGCACCAUUCUCGGCACUGGACUGCAAAUGAUGCAACAGCUCACCGGUAUCAACUUCGUCUUCUACUUCGGAACGCCCUUCUUUACCCAGCUUGGCACGAUUAAGAACCCCUUUCUGAUCUCGCUGGUUACCACCCUUGUUAACGUGCUGUCAACCCCGAUCUCCUUCUGGGCCAUCGAGAAGUUCGGUCGACGUGCGCUUCUGCUUGGUGGCGCCACUGGUAUGAUCAUUAUGCAGUUCAUCGUUGCCAUUAUUGGUGUCACCGCUGGCCGUACCGAUGCGAACAACCCGGACGCUGUAAAGGCGAUGAUUGCCUUUAUUUGCCUCAACAUCUUCUUCUUCGCAACCACCUGGGGCCCUACUGCUUGGGUUAUCGUCGGUGAGGCUUUCCCCCUGCCCAUCCGAUCGCGCGGAGUGGGUAUAUCGACUGCAUCCAAUUGGUUCUGGAACACCAUCAUCGCUGUCAUCACCCCCUACCUCGUGGGAAGCGACGAGGCAGACCUGGGACCUAAGGUCUUCUUCUUGUGGGGAUCCUUAUGCUGCCUCAGCUUGGUGUUCGCCUAUUUCCUUGUCCCCGAGCUCAAGGGUCUCUCCCUCGAGCAGGCCGAUAUGUGUAUGGCCGAGGUUGCGCCCCGCCACUCUGCUGGUUGGAAACCUAGCCACACCUUCGCCGCCGAGAUGCAGCACACCCACGACAAGCCCAUUGCCAGCUCCAACGAGGUUCCCGUUGACAUCGAGAAGACCUAA